GGUCUGACCUUAAGUCGAAUUUAUUAACUCUUCUUAUCCAAUUAAAGAACCUUCUGGGAAGAGUUGACAAGGGAAUAAAAUAUGUCCUUCAGAAAACUUCAGCAAAUGGCUCUUUUUAUGGGUGUUCAGUGCAUUGCGGGAGGUGCUUUUACAUAUUGCUACGUACAGAAGGUUUUUUCCAGAACAAAGUACUACCAGGAUGCUCUUAAGCAGCUUCAAGCAGACCCCUUAGCCCUAGAAGCACUUGGCGCUCCUCCUCUGAAAGUUCACUAUAUCAGCCUGAGAGACAGAAGCAAUCGUGUUGAUAAGUCAAAAGCCCAGAUAAAAAUACCAGUAUCUGGAAGAAAGUCAGGUGGUUAUCUUCAUGUCAUUUCAGAAAUGGAUUUUUCCCUCAACAGCUGGAAUCUACAGGAAGUCACACUGCAGCUCUGCAACGGCCCCAGAAUUCUAGUGUAUGCUUCUUCUAUGAAGACGGUUUCUGGAUAAAAGGUGUAAUAUACAGAACUGAGCUGUUUGUAUUACUAUUUAAAUAUCCUGAAAUUCAAUAAACAUUCUAAUGCACAU